AGAGGGGGAAAACAAGCAUCUGCAGCUUCCUAGUCACUCACUCACUCACUCACUCGUCUCCUCGUCUAUCACCAACAUUACCUUGUCUAGUUCUUCUAGAACAUGACCACCGACAGUACCGUCCAGCCGUCAUCACCAGCUUCCCACCCAGCCAAGCGCGUCAAGCUCGACGAGAACACUACAAGCAACACCACCACUAUCGCCUCAUCUGCAGACACCAUGGCCGCCCCUCCGCUCAUGAUCAAGAGACUCUCUGAGAAGGCUCGCCUGCCUACCCGUGGCAGCGCCUUCGCAGCCGGCUAUGACAUCUAUGCAUCCAAGCCCACCGUCAUCCCAGCACGCGGCAAGGCUCUUGUCGACACGGACAUCAGCAUGGCAUGCCCGCCAGGGACUUAUGGCCGUAUCGCUCCACGUUCCGGCCUAGCCUCCAAGCACUUCAUAGACACCGGUGCAGGUGUGAUCGACGCAGACUACCGCGGUCAGGUCAAGAUCCUACUCUUCAACCACUCCGAGGCCGACUUUUCCGUCUCCGAGGGUGACCGCGUUGCCCAGCUCGUGCUGGAGCGCAUCUACACCCCCGAGGUGGUCGAGGUUGCCGAGCUCGAGGACAGCGUGCGCGGCGCUGGCGGGUUUGGUUCGACCGCGCGACCACUGAUGGGGCCACGGACGGUGCUGCCCCCGCGCCAGCGGUCGAGGUAA